AUGAAAGCUUCGUGUAAGUAACGGCACAGUUUGCGGUGCGUACGCGUGCGUUAUACGAGUGCCGUUGUGAGCGUUAGUGAAUUGAAGUGUUUAAAGUGAAAAAAGUGUUUGCUACAGGAAAGAUUUAAUAAGAAGUAUAUAAAAAAGUUUAAAGUGAUAAUAAAUUUGAAAGCUUAUUCCCAGAAAUCAUGAACUGUAAAAAUAUGUUAUCAUCGAUAUGGUUCGUUAUAGCUCUAAACUUAAUUUGUGGCCAUACGAUACUUGGCGCCGUUUGGAAAGAUAAUGUCCUUUACAAUAAUGCAAAUGAAAGUUAUGCAUAUUCAUAUACACCAGCGCAGGAGUUAGACGAUACGGGCAUGUUACGGCAAGCGCGUCGCAGUUCCGUUGCGAGUGAUGCUUGCACCACAAACGAAGGCACAUCGGGUUCAUGUCUGUCGCGCUUCAAUUGUAUGCGUCAGGGUGGCGUACCGAAAGGAUACUGCAGUACCUAUGGCGUGUGUUGUGAAACAAAUCUACAAUGCGGCCAAAUUUCCAGCUCGAAGCGUAUUGUUAUCAAAAAUCCCGUACAACUGCCGAACACUUGCCAAUAUGUGAUUGCGCCCUACAGCAGCAAUGUUUGUCAGCUGCUCAUUGAAUUCGAGCAUUUCGAAUUGAAUCAACCGACAAAUAAUGCGGACCAAGGCACCUCAAUUUGUGAGGACCGAUUUACGGUGGGCAGCUUUACGAUCUGCGGCGAAAAUAGUGGACAACACAUAUAUUUACCGUAUGAUGUUGUGGCGGGUGUGACGCAAGCUACAUUAGAAUUUAUAUUUAACAAAAAAUGGGCACAGUCCUCAUGGCAUUUGGUGAUCACCCAAUUGGAGUGCCCACAGCAGAAGAAACGUUUCGGUAGCGGUGGCGGCGGCGGCGGUAAUAUGCUGUCAUUUAUGGGUCAAACAAAUAUACAGGAUAUACGUAAGAUAUUCUCGUCGAAACAUAACGAUUGGGAUUUGUUGGCACCACCCGGCUGUAGUCAGUAUUUCCGCCAACCGACCGGUACAAUUAAGAGCUUCGGUAAUAUGUACUAUAUGACCAAUUUACACUACACAAUCUGCAUAAAGCCGUUAGCGGACACUUCGAUGAUCGAAUAUGUGGUGAAUAAGUUUUCUUUAUCAUCGGAGCAAACUACUAAUUUCUACGAUGAAUAUUGUCAUCCAUUUGUAGUAACCGAAGGUCGCCAAAAUGAUUAUCUUAUGAUAUGGAAUGCGAUAUUCAAAGACGAUGCAAACUUGCAGCCGACUUUCUUUUGUGGUCAAGGCCUGAUGGCGGGUCAAACACUAGUUGCAACCGUGCCAUAUCAGUUGUACUUUAACAGUGAUGAGCAGUGGAGUAAUGUGGAAACCGGAUUCAGCAUAUCGUAUCGUUUGACAUAGAUUAAAAAUAAACUUUCGAAUGCGUAUUUAUUGGUUAUGUUAAG